CGGAGAUACCCGAAGUAAAAUUUGUGAAAUUUGAAAAAUCAUAUUUUGUUUAAUUUAGGACUGAUUUCUGAAAUAUAUGACAUCAGUAUGAGCGGAGGAGUAUAUGGUGGAGAUGAAGUUGGUGCACUGGUGUUUGAUUAUGGGUCAUUCUCAAUCAGAUCUGGCUAUGCAGGAGAGGACAACCCCAAGUCUGAAGUUCCCACAGCUGUUGGUAUGAUGGAUGUUGCUGAUGCUGAGAAGAUGGAGACUGAAGAUGGCCCAGUAGCUUCACAGUCAAAAUAUUACAUUGAUACAAAUUCAAUUAGAGUCGCAAGGAAUGAUAUGGAAAUGACAUCUUGUUUAAAAGAAGGAAUGGUUGAAAACUGGGACCUAUUUGAACAGAUGCUAGACUAUGUGUACAAGCGACAUCUCAGAUCUGAAUCUAAUAUGCAUCCAGUCCUCAUGUCAGAACCAGCUUGGAACAGCAAAGGAAAGCGGGAGAAACUUACAGAAUUGAUGUUUGAAAAAUACAAUGUCCCAGCCUUUUUCCUUUGCAAGAAUGCAGUGCUGUCAGCUUUUGCCAAUGGCAGGUCUACUGGUUUAGUGCUAGACAGUGGAGCUACACAUACUACAGCAGUGCCUGUAUAUGAUGGAUAUGUAUUGAGUCAAGCCAUUGUUAAAUCUCCUCUAGCAGGUGAUUAUAUCUCAAUGGAGUGUAAGAAACAAAUGGAUGAGCAAAACAUAGAGAUUGUGCCCCCUUAUAUGAUUGGAAGCAAGGAAGCAGUUGGUGAAGGUGAGCCUGCAAAAUGGACAAAACGUGACAAAUUACCAGAAGUAACAAAGUCAUUCCACAAUUAUAUGGUAAAGGAUGUAAUGCAAGACUUUGCAGCUUCCGUUUUACAAGUCUCAGAUGCUCCGUAUGAUGAAAGCCCCAUAGAUAGCAUGCCCACAGUACACUACGAGAUGCCCAAUGGCUACAAUAUAGACUUUGGCUCUGAGAGGUUUAAAAUCUGUGAGGGACUAUUUGAUCCAUCUGUAAUAAAGGAGGCACAGGGCAAUAGCAUGUUGGGGACUGGUCAUGUUGUUACAACCAGUGUAGGCAUGUGUGACAUCGAUAUACGGCCUAGUUUAUAUAGCAGCGUAAUUACAGUAGGGGGGAACACAAUGUUACAGGGCUACAUCGACAGAUUAACUAGAGAUCUCAGUACAAAAACACCUCCAAGUAUGAGAUUAAAGGUGCUUGCCUCAGCUACAACUGCAGAGAGAAGAUUUAGCAGCUGGAUUGGAGGUUCCAUCCUGGCAUCUCUGGGCUCUUUCCAACAAAUGUGGAUUUCAAAGCAAGAAUAUGAAGAAUCAGGAAAGGUGUGUGUCGAAAGGAAAUGUCCUUGAGGAUCUAAUAUCUUAGAAAUUAAUGCAUCAUUCAACAUGGAGGACAGUGACAUCAUUUGAUAUCUUCUUUGUUUUCAUCCAAUUUUCUGAGAGAAAUACAUCUAUGAUUUGUGUUAGCAAACGAUCUGAAGCAUCAAAUUGGACAUGAUCUUGGAUUAUAGUGUUUGUGAACAAACUUGCAGAGUUAGCAUCUUGGAUUAUAUUGUUCGUGAACAAACUAGCAGAGUUAACAUUUUGAAUGUUUCAUUAUCUUCAGAAUUUGAUUGGCUAAUUUGAAUUAAGCCAAUACUUCCCCUAGCAGUGUACAUAAAGAAAUUUCCGGCUUGGUGUCAGAAUUCAUUGUUCAUCUAUCAUCUCUAUCCUCAUAACUUGAAACAGCAUGAUUCUCAUGUUCUAGAGUGACCAUACUGCCAAGUUUUCUCUUAAAAUUUGGAGGAAUAUUGUUUUGUUGAAAUUGAUUAUUUCAAUGUGGCAUAACAGGUAUGCAUCAAUCAAACAAACAAACAAACA